GGCACCAGUGUGUUUGGUUUGUGCAGUCGAACCUGGAUCAGUGACAGAUGAAUUGUCGAAAAUAGAGGAAAACGGAACGCGGGUGACUCUCCCGUGCACGAAAAACAUGUUUCCUAAAGGCAAAAGCUCCGUCGUGCCGUCGGAUGGUCAAGCUCGGGAAAAGUUGGCAUUGUAUGUUUAUGAGUAUUUGUUACAUAUUGGAGCUCAGAAGUCUGCGCAGACCUUUUUAUCAGAAAUUCGAUGGGAAAAGAACAUCACGUUAGGAGACCCUCCUGGGUUCCUGCAUUCCUGGUGGUGUGUCUUUUGGGACCUUUACUGUGCCGCUCCUGAGAGGAGAGACACGUGUGAACAUUCAAGUGAGGCCAAGGCCUUCCAUGACUACAGUGCUGCAGCAGCUCCGAGUCCUGUUCUUGGGAACAUGCCACCAGGAGACGGCAUGCCAGGUGGACCAAUGCCCCCUGGAUUCUUCCAGGGCCCUCCCGGCUCCCAGGCCUCCCCUCACGCUCCUCCUCCCCCUAACAGCAUGAUGGGACCCCACGGCCAGCCUUUCAUGUCACCUCGCUUUGGUGGCGGACCAAGACCUCCAAUCAGAAUGGGCAACCAGCCCCCAGGUGGUGUUCCAACAGCCCAGCCAAUGCUCCCAAACAUGGAACCUAGACUACAGGGGCCGAUGCAGAGGAUGAAUGUUCCCAGAGGAAUGGGUCCCAUGGGCCCCCAGAACUUUGGUGGAGGGAUGAGACCACCACACAACUCUAUGGGUCCUGGCAUGCCUGGAGUGAACAUGGGACCUGGAAAUGGCAGACCACCUUGGCCAAAUCCAAACAACAAUAUGCCAUAUUCCUCACCUUCUCCUGGUGCAUAUGGGGGUCCACAAGGAGGGGGGCCUCCAGGAACACCUGGCAUUGUCCCAAGUCCGGCAGACUCCAACAACUCCAGUGAAAACCUGUACACCAUGAUCAACUCGACUGGAGGGCGCAACAGCUUUCCCAUAGGCCCAGGCUCUGAGGGCCCUCUAGGGGCCAUGGCAGGAAUGGACCCAAUGCAUAUGAACGGAGGUUCAGGAGACUUAGAUGGACUCCCAAAGAAUUCUCCCAACAACAUGAGUGGCAUGAGCAAUCCUCCCGGGACCCCGAGAGAUGAAGAUGUAGGAGGCAGCUACCUUCACUCCUUCCAGAAUGAGAACCAGUACUCUCCUUCCAUGACAAUGAGCGUCUGAUGCCAGCCUGUUUGCUCAGUCCUGGAAACUCACAGUUGGCCGUCAAUGACAUGGACAGAGUACAUGUACAGGAAAUGGAAUUGGGUGGGACUGUCCUGGAUCCUCACAAGUGGUCUCAUGCAAUAUCGAAAUGAUUUUUGUUGUUCCUAUUUUUAAAUGGCUAGCAAACCUUUUGUCCACUCAGAAGAUCUAAAUGUGACUCAAUGCUCCUGGAUCUGUUUUUAUUUUUCCCCAUCUCUCAUUAAGAAGCAAAGUAUGGUUACAGCUGACAUAACCGCUGGAUUUGUGUUCAUUCGUGCCGACGAGGAAUAUCUCAGUUCAGUCUCUCUCCAAUCCGACAUCCACAUUCGACUUCAGCAUGGUUUACACGUACGAACCUUCCUCCGAUUUCUUGACACUGAGCUCUCAUACGUGGCCUUGAAUUCUGUGAAUAUUUUAUUGCCUUUCAACGACCUGUUUUUUUUCCGUUUUCUUCAAAUCGAGUGGUGAGAGAAUUCAGUCUUUUCUGAAAGGGAAGAUCUUGGUUGUAUUUUACUUGUAUAAUCUGUCAUUUUUGUCUUUGAGCAUUAUAAGCGGCUGCUUUUAAAGAAUCACUGCGUUGACAGGUCUCGUCCUGAAGAUACUUUUUUCUGCACUGAUUCCGUGUUCUCUCUUAUUUUGACUGCUGUUUUGAAUUUUUGGUCAAAGACUGAAUCCUGUCAGAUGCUAACCUAGAUAAACAUACUACCUAUCAGAGCCACACCUCUCAGAGUUGUUCAGGUGGGUGACUGGAUUAUGCGCCUGGAUACGUCUCCCUGCAAAAUGUUCAUCCGUACAUCAUGAUGAAUUUGUAACCAGUUCUAGAUAUCAUGAUAUAAUUUUUUAUAUGUAAUUCUCUGCCAUGUGCCUCUUUUGUUUCAUCUCUUAAUAUGAUUUGAUACUGGUUCCCGAGAGGAUGUCGCUUGUGUAAGCCAGACUCAAUGUUUUAUAUUAGGUUUAUUUGUGCAACAUCAGACACCGUGAUAAUACAGUUAGAAUGGUAACUUAUUAUAUUUAUACAGACAUUUGGUCAUUGUUUUGCAUUUAGUAGUUGUUUUGCACUGCUUUUGUUAGCUUGUGCAUCAUACUUUUAACUGUGGGCUAAAUAGGCUUGUUUAUAUAUUGACUACUAAAUUAUUUGGCUCCUGUCUGAGGAUUUUUGUCUUAUUUUUAAAUCAGUCGUUCAUACUGUCAUAAUGCAAACGGGAAGCAGUGUUUGAAAACCUAAACCUUCAGUUUCCAGCUGAAUGCUUGAAGAGAAAGCUCAAUGUGAAAUGAUAUUAACUUUGGAAAACGAUGUAAAGCUUGAUGUCCAAGACUUUAUUUAGGGUAGCAUCUCUCUAGAGAGCCAAGGUCCAGCCAUUCGAUUUCCAUGUAAAUCAUUCUCUUGAAAUCCGUGAACCAGUUUCGAUGUAAGAUAAAAUUGUUCCCAAAUUGUCAAA